AUGGCUCCCUCCGUCUUCCGCCUCGCCUCAUGGCUCGCCGCCGCAGCCGGCACUGUCAUGGCCUCCCCUGUUGAGCGCCGCGCCGUCAUCGAUCACGAUCAAGUUGUCGGCUUCCCGGAGACCGUCCCCGCAGGCCUCGUCGGCGAACUGUACCUCAAGUACAAGCCCUACCUCAAGGUCUUCAACGGCUGCGUGCCCUUCCCUGCCGUCGACGCCGCAGGUAACACUGGCGCUGGCCUCCAAACCACUGGCGCCUCGGACGGCGACUGCAGCAAAAGCACCGGCCAGGUCUACGCCCGCGCCGGCACCUACAACGGCCUCUACGCCAUCAUGUAUGCGUACUACAUGCCCAAGGACUCGCCCUCGCCCGGCCUGGGCCACCGCCACGACUGGGAGAACGGCGUCGUCUGGCUGUCCGAGAUGAGCGAGAAUGCCACCAUCGUGGGCGUCUCCGCCUCGGCCCACGGCAAGUACGACGCGAGGAGUUCCGGCUUCGAAGUGACCGACGACACCCACUCGCGCCUCGGCUACGAAAGCAUCUGGCCCCUCAACCACCAGAUGGUCUUCACCAGCGUCACCGGCGGCCAGCAGCCCCUCAUCGCGUGGGAGUCCCUGACCGACGCCGCCCGCACCGCUCUCCAGAACACCGACUUUGGCAGCGCCAACGUGCCCAUGAAGGACGGCAGCUUUACCAACAACCUCGCCAAUGCCGCGGUGUAG